GGUAGUGUUAAUGAUCUUUUUCUCCCACAGAACAGGCACACUGCUUAUCUUCUUCUAUUCAGAGGGCCAUUCCUUCUGCCAUCAGAUGAGCUUUUGCAGCCUUCACCACUCCAUCUGGAACAGUCUGGCAUUUCUUAGCUCACUAUGAAUGCAGCAAUGGCAGCUGGGAGCUGUGGCAGUGAGGGGUUCUUCUAAAGUCAGCUCCCCACCACAUGUCUUUUGGUGCCAUUGCCUCCUACAUAGCAGUUGGAUCAACAAAAUCUGGACCUUUGUUCUUGGUUUUCAGUGUUCAGCAUUGCCUCCUGUGUAUGGCUGUGGUCUCCUUAGUGUUUAUCUGAGCACUGGUGAAUCUUCUGCCCUAUGCUUUUACAAGAUGGAGCUGAGUCACCAUGACAACAUGGAUCAGGGAUCAUCCUCGUCCAUUGGGCCCCAGUCCAUAUCACCAAGGGGCUCCAUUACAGCAACCUCCCCUGGACUACUUGGUCCCAUUGUAGCCCAGUUCAGCACAGAGGGGUCUGUUAGAUUCCAACCUGAGGGGUCCAGUGGGGCCCUCUCAGCAGCUUUCCCUGGGGGGAGCAUACCUCCAAUGCAGAGGGGUUCCUGGCCAGAUGUGCUCUUUGACCCUUUUCACUCUGGACCCUCUCGCUCACAGCCUGAUGGAUCACAGUACAGUGGGCCAGAGGACAGGUCCCUAAGCAGGCCUAGUCAGCCGUUGUCUUUGGAGGUCAACAGAGCCCAACCUGAUGGGGCAGGCGGGGUCCAAAUGUUCACACUGCCUAACUUACUGUCCCCAGGGGAGUGCAGGCCUCUGUCCCCUGGCUCUGGCAGCUCUGCAUCCCAUGCUGGUAUUUCACCCUCUGUCAAGCUCAACCAGUCACCCAGCCGGUCCCCACUACCAGAACUCUGCACCUUUGAUCCAGCCACCUCAGGAAAACUGCUCCUCAUGGAGCGGAAGGAAGCACUUCCCAAAGCUGAGUCCAGCGACUAUCUCUCAGCAGGCAGAACUGGCUCAUCCCACAGACCUGUGAGCCUCCCCAAAGCCAUUUCCAGUGAGCUCAUCUCAGGAGGAAGGAUAGGCCCCUCCAAGCCUGGGAUCCUGUUGAAAGCUGAGUCAGAGGAGUUCACCUCUUACGGGAGGGCUGGCUCAUCCCCUGGCCUGCCCAGCUGCGUGGACGCCUCUGAGGCUCUGCAGGGCCGGGCUGCUGAAGACACAACGUUCCGUAUCACUGUGGUCACCUGGAACGUUGGCACAGCCAUGCCCCCGAGUGAUGUGACAUCCCUGCUGCACCUCAACAUGGGUGACACGACUGACACUGAUAUGAUCGCCAUUGGGCUGCAGGAGGUGAAUUCCAUGAUAAAUAAACGCCUGAAGGAUGCUCUCUUUAUGGACCAAUGGAGUGAGCUCUUCAUGGAUGUGCUGAGUCCUUUUAACUUUGUAUUGGUGAGCACAGUCCGGAUGCAGGGAGUGAUCCUGCUGGUGUUUUCCAAGUACUAUCACCUUCCCUUCUUGCAGGACAUUCAGACAGACUGCACCAGGACAGGCCUAGGUGGCUAUUGGGGCAAUAAGGGUGGGGUCAGCGUGCGACUCUCCAUCUUUGGCCACAUGGUCUGCUUUCUGAACUGCCACCUGCCAGCUCACCUGGAGAAAGCUGAGCAGCGCAAGGAGGACUUCACCACUAUCCUCAACAUGCAGCAGUUUGAAGGGCGUGUGGCUAGUGGCAUCUUGGACCAUGACAUUGUGUUCUGGUUUGGGGACCUCAACUUCCGCAUUGAGAGCCUAGACAUCCGCUUUGUGAAAUAUGCUAUCGACAACAACAUCCUAAGCCAGCUGUGGGAGAAGGACCAGCUGAACAUUGCCAAGAAUACGUGGCCUAUCCUCAGUGGUUUCCAGGAGGGUCCCCUGAACUUCCCACCCACCUUUAAAUUCGAUGUGGGGACCAACAAGUAUGACACAAGUGCGAAGAAGCGAAAGCCAGCCUGGACUGAUCGGAUUCUCUGGAAGAUCAAGUCCUUGGGUGCCUCGCACAAUCCCAGUGGCAGGCGACCCAGCAGGAGCAUCCUGUCUGUGACUCAGCUUUGUUAUUGCAGCCACAUGGAGUACAUGGUGAGCGACCACAAGCCAGUGGCUGCCAUCUUUGCAGUGCAGUUUCCCUCCAAGACUGACAAGCCCCUGGUUGAGAUUCAAGUUGCUGAUGAGUGGUCUAGGCCAGAUCAAGCUGUUGUCAGAUACAAGGUGGCCAGCAUCUUUCAUAGGAGCUCCUGGGACUGGAUAGGUCUCUACAGGGUCUCACUCAGUUCCUUCCAAAUUUCAACAGCAUCAGCAAUAAAACAGCAAUUUCCCUGCACCUUGUUCAAGGCUACAGAAAUAGGCUUCAAGAUAGUCAGCAUAUGUUCUACGUUUCUCUUUAGCCCCAUGUUGAGAACUUUGGCUAUGGCAGUUCCAUCUAUUUUGUCACAAUUUUCUCACAAAUUGUCAUCAGAUUAGACCAGUUCUCAAUAUACUGUUCAAAACAGUCCACUAAUGAAUUCCAUCACACAUCUUGUGGACGAGUUAGUUUGGUUCCUCCUGCUUUCUUCAGAGCAACUGCUGCAAAAUGGCUGUUAUAGAAGUAUUUUGCCAUUUCAACAAUAUUACCCUUUAUUUCGGGAGCACUGAAGUCUUUGGCUAAGAGGUGCAUCAAAUGAGUGCUGCAGCAAUAUGUUACUAGCUUGGGGGGGGGGUUCACUUUCUUCUAGAUUUCUUUUCAUCUUUGAUACAUUUGUAGCAUUGUCUGUGACCGCUGCCUACUAGACAUUUGAAUUUUUUUCACAGUUUGUUAUAGCUUUUAUUGUUACUUCUACUUCUUGUAAGUAUUCUGCUGUGUGUGCAUUUCCUGAUGUAUGAAUUGUUUCUGUAAGGUAGACAGUCUCUUCUUCUGCUGUCACGCAAGCACACAUUACUGGAUCAUUGUGGGCAUUGCUCCACCCAUCAAGACUCAAGUUAACAAUUUUCCCCUCUAGACUUUUUGUACACCAUUCAGUUUCUUUCUCAUGCACUUUAUCCAGCAAUUUGCCUGCUAUAUCUGCUCUCAGAGCAGGUGGGUGGAUUCAAUCCUGGUCUUAAUGACUGAACCAUCUCAAUGAAGUGUGUGUUCUCAACCAUAUGGACAGGAAAGUUUGUUGCAUAAACAAACUGAGCAAUUUUUUUCCAUCAAUUUAAUUCUUGCUGUAAUCUGCUAGUUCUUAUUACAAACAUAUCUAUAGUUGUUUCUGGAUGAUGGAGAUUUUUUUUUCUUUUUGCUACAGGUGAUAUACUAUGUCAUACAUUUGCCUGGAACACUGGUAUCAUUAGCAGAUAAGGCAGGGGCAGGCAAUUAUUUUGGGUGGAGGGCUGCCUACUGAGUUUUGGCAAGCCGUCGAGGGCCACAUGACAGGCAGCCAGGGGCAGAUAAAUAUUAAUUUUCUAAAUGUUUUAGGGGCCCUGCGGGCCAAAUAGAAUGGCCUGGCAGGCUGCAUCUGGCCCACGGGUCGCAUUUUGCCCACCCCUGAAAUAAGGCCUUGCAUUUCUUUGUUGCACUGUUUGCGUUUUGCAUGCAAGCCUGUCUUACCUACAGGUAGAGGAACUUUAUUAAAAUAUUUCCAAAUAGUCUCGUUUCUUUUAUGGCCUGGAAGCUGACUGCCAUGAUAUGUUUUUCCCUUCUUCCAUAUCAUUCCCUCGCUAGAUCUCAAA